AUGAUUGAUUCAAAUUGCUAUCAAGCUUUUAACGGAUUAGGAAAACUUUUCUUCGGAGAAAAAAGAAAUGAAGAAGCUAUUAAAUAUUUAAACAAAACAAUUAACUCUCUCACCUGUUAGCAAGCAAGCCAUUAGAAAAAUCCUUGUUUUUUGGGUAAAAACCCCUUUGUAAGUGAACAAAGGAAUUUUAAUUUAUAAAUAUUUAAUAUAUAAGUUCUUGAACGAAUGAUUCUAUUUUAAACAGCUUAUAUUCUAAAACAUAAAUUUUAUAUUAAAUUACUAUUUUUGCAAAUAGGUAUUUUUAAAAAUUUUUUACUAUUUUUUUUGAUCACUGGGAGUAAGGUUAAUCCUUAUUAUUCCUGAAGCCAUAGCAAUAAAGGAACAGUAUUGUUUUCGUUAAAUAAUAAGAAAGAAGCUGUAGAGUCUUGAAAUCUUGCUAUAUCAUGCUCAGCUGAUUAUUAUCUGAUUUAUAUAUUAAAAAAUAUUUUCUUUGCACAUAAAGAUCUAUAAAUUUUCAAAAUAAUUAAUUCAGGUUUAUAUAUAAAAACUUGACCAGAAUAAUCAUCUUGCUUAUAAUAACUUAGGAUACUAUUUUUAUACCUAAAUAAUAGAAUCUUUUAUUAUUAGCGAUUUUUUUACUAUAGUUAACUACACUGACUGGCACGGGGUGCUUUUGGCUCGAAACUGAGCCAAAAGCACUCCGUGCCAGUCAGUGUAGUUCACUAUACAAAUUUCGGCAUAAUUUUAGGCUUUCAUUUGCUCUGAAUCAGAAUAUAAAAAAGGGAGGCUUGAAGAUGCAAUCAGCAACUAUAGUGAAGCUAUCAGAAGUAAUCCUGAUUAUAUCUGUGCAUAUAUUAAUAAAGGAGUGUCUUUUACUCCCCCUCCGUGAGCAAACGAAACCAUUGGAAAAAUCCCUCUUUUGCCCAAAACCACCUGCGGCAGCGUGCAAAAAUUUUUUAUUGAAAAAACAAACUAUAAUUAUUAUCAUGAAAUCUCUAGCUAAUUCUGCUUAAUUUUAAGCAGCUUGCAUUUUAAAACAUAAAUUUUGUAUAUUAAAUUAGCUUUUACUUGCCAAUUUUUACAAUUGGAAAUUUUUAAAUUUUGGAAAAAAAAAAUUUAGAAAUUUAUAUAUAAUUUUUUUGGUUUAUCACGUUAAGGGGGACUUAAUAAAAAAGGAAAAUAUGAUGAUGCUAUAGAAUACUACACCAAUGCCAUAAGAGUUGAUCCAAAUAAUAAAUAAAAAAUGGUGGCAUUCCCUUAAUAUUAAUUAAAAAAAUUAAUUGCAUUCUAAAUAAGCAAGUUCUUUGGCAGACAUUCCCUAUUUAUAUAGCAGCAAAUAAGUUGCUGAUAAUUAAUAUAAAAAUAAUCCAAAUUAUGAUCCUGCCUAUUAUAGUAUAGGGUGCAUAUUAUUAGAUAAUAAGAAACAUGAAGAGUCGAUAAAAUAUUUUUAUGGUGCCAUUUCUAUCAAGCCUACAAAUCCAACGUAUUAUCAAACCUUAGCAAUUGCUCUUGAAGAAAUUGGAAGAAAAGAAGAAGCUAUGGAAUGCUAUAAUAAAGCUAUUGAAUCUAAGAAUAAUUAA